UGUUGUUGUCCUCCUCUCUCCUUUUUAUUCUGGCUCACUGGCUGCAGCGAUGGCGUUUGCGUUCCCGUAUAAAAUCCCAGCCUUCCUUUGUGCGCUCUUCGGAUCGAGCCUCUGGCAAUGUUUCGGGGCGGUCUCCUUGUCCUGGUUUUGGCCCUUUCUCUGGCAGAGGCGUCCUUGCCGCAGAAGGUAUUUCUUCCCAAACUUCUGGAUUUAGACUGGCCCCAGAACUGCGGCGUUGCUUACUUCCAGCCCAACAUCUUUGCAAAGAUCAUAUCCGGCAACGAGGCAAGGCCGCAUUCUUGGCCUUGGCAGGUCUCGUUACAGACUCGCUCUAAACAAAGUGAUAGAUUCGUUCAUGUCUGCGGCGGCACCCUCAUUCACAGACGCUGGGUCCUCACUGCCGCUCACUGCUUCCAGAAGGGAGAGGCAGAAGAUGUUACCAACUGGCGCAUUCUUCUGGGCAAGCACCACCUUAGAUACCCUGAAUCUACCGAGCGAAGCUACCGGGUGAAGCGAAUCUACCGGCAUGAAAAUUUCCGUUAUCCUCAGCUAAGUGAGCUCGAGCAUGACAUUGCUUUGGUUAAGCCCGUGGAAGACAUUAUGGCCAACAAGUUUGUCCGCUACGCAUGCCUGCCGAAGAUAGAUGCCUUCCUCCACCCUGGACAUUUUUGCUGGGUGACCGGCUGGGGAGGAACAAGAGGUGCAAAAGAAAACUUGACCCUGGCGGAAGUUUUGAAUCAGGCCAAGUUACCAGUCCUAGAUUUCAACACGUGCCAUCAGAGGAAAUUCUGGGGGAACAAAAUGCAACCGUCGAUGCUCUGCGCUGGAUUAAGAGACAAUGCAAAGUCCCCGGCGGCCUGCCAGGGGGACUCUGGGGGCCCGCUCGUUUGCCAGAUCGAAAGGGAUUCCUGGGAAGUCCAUGGGAUUGUCAGCUUCGGACCAGUCGGCUGCCAGGUGCCGAACAAGCCCACGGUCUUUACUAGGACGUCUGCCUUCAUUCCUUGGAUCGAAGCCACCAGGCUGCGGGAUUUCUUUUUGUGAAGGCCGGAAAUGAGAGGAGAGCUCAGAAAUGAGAAUAAAUUCCUUUUGUGUUUAA